AUGGACACCAUCGCCUCGCAGAUACAGCGCGACUUGCGCGCUAAGUACAGUCACGUCAUGAUCAAGUGGUACGAGGCGGUAGAAUGGACAGAGCCGCUCAUCGUGGGGCUGCUCAGCUUCCACGUCGCGUUGUUUACUGCGCUCUGGCUGACGCGCAAGCGGUUGUACGCGCAAUUCGUGCUCUUUGCGCUCAUAAUCACGCUUCUAGUGGCCACUGAGGCGCUGAACAAGUGGGCGAGGACGAACUGGCGCCUCGUGGCUUCGCAGCGCUAUUUUGACGAGCAGGGUGUGUUCAUGGGUCUUUUUUACGCGGGACCGCUGCUCGCUGCAGGUUUUUUCCAACUGAUGCUGAGCAUGAAAAGCAUGGUCGAUAUGGUGGUGAUUGUCAAGCGAGCAGAAUAUCAACAACAGCUCAAGGUCAAGAAGGAUCUGUAA